CGUAUAAAUCGGCCAUUUCGACGGAGCAGGCGAGCGCGCGCCAGUGAGCAGCGGCGGGGAAGUUUAAGAAAAAAAAAAAUUAAUUAAAUAAUUUUUAAAAAAUAAGUAAAGAAACAAACAUCCAAGAUGAGCGAGACUGCAAUUUCGUUUGCGAAGGAUUUCUUGGCCGGAGGAAUCGCCGCUGCUAUCUCCAAGACAGCCGUCGCUCCCAUCGAGAGAGUGAAGCUUCUCCUUCAGGUCCAGCAUGCCAGCAAGCAGAUCACAGUCGACAAGCAGUACAAGGGCAUCGUGGACUGCGUGGUGCGCAUCCCUAAGGAGCAGGGCUUCCUGUCGUUCUGGAGAGGCAACCUGGCCAACGUGAUCCGGUACUUCCCUACGCAGGCCCUCAACUUCGCCUUCAAGGACAAGUACAAGAAGAUCUUCCUGGACGGCGUGGACAAGCACAAGCAGUUCUGGCGCUACUUCGCCGGUAACCUGGCGUCCGGAGGCGCCGCCGGAGCCACCUCGCUCUGCUUCGUCUACCCUCUCGACUUCGCCCGAACCCGUCUGGCCGCCGACGUGGGCAAAGCCGGCGCGGAGAGAGAGUUCACCGGCCUGGGCAACUGCCUGGUCAAGGUGUUCAGGUCCGACGGCCUCAAGGGGCUGUACCAGGGCUUCAACGUGUCCGUGCAGGGAAUCAUCAUCUACAGAGCCGCGUACUUCGGCAUCUACGACACCGCCAAGGGUAUGCUGCCGGACCCCAAGAACACCCACAUCGUGGUGAGCUGGAUGAUCGCUCAGACCGUAACCGCCGUCGCCGGUCUCGCGUCCUACCCAUUCGACACGGUCAGACGUCGCAUGAUGAUGCAGUCCGGCCGCAAAGGAGCUGACAUCAUGUACACCGGCACCAUCGACUGCUGGAAGAAGAUCGCACGCGACGAAGGAUCGAAGGCCUUUUUCAAGGGCGCUUGGUCCAACGUGCUCCGUGGCAUGGGAGGCGCCUUCGUUCUCGUCCUGUACGACGAGCUCAAGAAAUUCAUCUAAACGUCCCCUUCUGGUCCAUCAUCAUUUUUUUUUUUUAUAUAAUGUAAAGUUCACCGACAAAACAAGGAGAAAACUAGAAGAAAAAAAAAAAACGGUUAAACCAUGUAACAUAAAACCUGUUGUUCUGGCUGGACUCUUCUGCCUUCUCAGUGAGGCGCGAAUAGUACUGCUGCUGGUUCUGAUUAAUACAGAGAUGGUGUUUAUUUAAAUGGUGUGUGUGUGUGUGUGUGUGAGAGAGAGUGUGAGUGAGAGAGCCAUUCUCUUAGUCUGUUCAUCAUUUUUUUUUUCCCUCCCAGUCCCAACCACUCAUCCUCACUCCUCAUUCCUACAUGUGAGAAAGUCCUGAAUGUGUUCUCCUUGUUCUCCACUCCGUCAGUUUUUAAAUCAUGACUUGAAUAAAUUCAACCUACUGAAAAAAAAAAAA